AUGCCAACGUGUUUUGUUUGUCUUGACACGCUUACAGAUCCGGCUGCGUUGCCUUGCGGUCACGUAUUUUGCCAUGGAUGCAUCGUCCGAGUAGUUCGCAACAUCACACCGUACACCCAUCAUCAUUUCUGCCCCACCUGUAAGCAGCCAUACGUUAUAUCCCAAGUCGAUCCCUCGCUUGUUCCUCCGCAUCUUCGGCAACAUGUCUCACCUGCUGUUCGCAAGCUCCAUCUAGACUAUACUGCUCCACAUACCCUACAACCCUCGUCCCCGUCUUCUGUUCCUAAUACUGAGUGCGACCGCCUGCGCGCGGAGAACGCGGCUCUCAAGGCGACUUGCAUCGUCUGGCGCAAGCGUGCAGCAGUCCACGCCACGGCUACACUGGGCCUCGUCGGGCUCGCGAGGCUCGCGCGCGACAGCGCGCUUAAAAUGAAGUCGGAGAGGGACUUUUUAGAAUCAAGAUACAAUGCGCUCAAGCGGAGCUUUGAGGAGUCGCAGACGUUGUCGACAUUCCCACCUCAGCCUGACCAUCGAGUACAGUCGGCAUUUGAGGACCUGCGCGAAUCGUCAUUUCGCCCUCCCUCACCUGCUGCAAGCGAUGACAGCUACUGCUCAGACUGCCCCAAGUGUCAGUCGCCAAAGCGCAAGCGGGAUGCGUCGCCCAUGCCUUCGCCGAAGCGCACACGAUCAGAGUCAUUCACAGGGAAGGCUUCGCCGACGUCGCCCUCCCUGGAGAUGGCUGCGCUGGUUGUUUAA